AUGUGAGCUAGUUUCGAUUGCCGGGUACAACAAGAAAUCUUAUUCGUUGACUCGAUGUUUGCCCAUCAUCUGUAAACAAAGUCUGCAUUUUUUUUGGUAUGUUGCAUUCCUUCCCGCUACAUUGAAUAAAACUCAAAAAUGGUGAUCAGCAUGGAAUGUCAAGUUCUCGCUAUUUCCUUGAUGAUUGGUAUACUUAAUGGAAUCCAAGGGCAACUUACUCAAGGGCCCUUGCUGUUCCGUACCAGCACCAGCAGUCUUCAGUAUAUAUUCCCCAAGACCGAGACUUCCACGGAGGUCGUCAUUCACCUUGUUUUCUCAACAUCGAAUUGCGGUGGUAAAAUCCUCGAAAUCCCAAGCAGAGAUACGCAGCAACAUUACUAUUCGUUCAAGCUAGAACCCUCGGGGAAGCUCUUCUUUGAGUAUAAUAUACUUGAUGGGAAGUUUAAACUUGAGUUGAACGCCACUGGGACGGAUACCUGUGACGGGCAUAAACAUUCUGUCUAUUUGCGUCGACUCAACCGCGAUGUUUACUUCCGUGUGGACAGCGGUGAUUUGUAUAAACACGUUGAGCAAGAGAUUAUACAGAAGCCUUCGCUGAGUAAACCCGAUGGAGUGUUCAUCGGAGGAGAUGCUAGUGAUAUGUUUGUAGGCUGUAUAUAUAAUGCAUCUGUUAUAAUCCGUUGGAGUAAACUACCCGAGACAACGAUARACUUGGUGCAGAUGUACCUUGACGGCGAUCAUAAGGUCAGCGGUAGGGAUUUGUUUAUCGACACAUGCGUAGAUAGAAGUGCAGAGUGUCACCCUUUAAGGACCAGUCUUCGUAUUACAAGACGAAAUGGAAUCAUUGCAGUCCCAGCGCCAAAAGACAACAUCACAACUUGCACAUGGUUACUAACUGCCCCUAAACAACACCGAGUCAAACUCACCUUUCUUAUUCUCCGUGUCAACAACUCUCUUGCCUGUAUGGACAAUCACGUUGAAGUAAUGGAAGGCAAGAACGUAGAGUCACAGAUGAUUGGUCGGUAUUGCAACCCAAAGCUAACGUCGUCAGCCCWUAAGCCUAUUUAUUCUGUGGGUCGACAUCUCACUGUGGUUUUGAAUAUGAAUUCCAGCGAAAAAUUUGAUUUUGUUGCAAAGUAUGCGAGUGUAAAUUUAAGUGAAGGACCAUGUCCAGUUCGCGCCAAACUCAGAGGAAAAACAGGAACAUUCUCAACUCCAGACUAUCCCUACAGUCAUGGUAACAGUAAACUGUGCACGUGGACUAUCGAUGUACUACGUGCUAAGCACGUGCUCAUCACGUUCAACACAAAUGAGUUCCACAUCGAAGGCUGCUCAGUAGAUUGUAAAUGUGAUUUUCUGGAGGUCUUGACCGAGAGUAAUGGGCGUCAGUAUUCRUAUGGAAGGUACUGCGGUUUUAUCAGGCCAUCACCGAUUUACAUAACUGGGGGAAAAGUCCUUCUAAAAUUUUUCAGUGAUUCWCAAGAGAGUCGUCGAGGAUUUAGAGCAGACUAUGCAAUUAUUGACUCUGUUAAGAAUCACUGCUUCAGCUACAAUCUACUAAAGAAUUCAUCAGGCGUUAUAACCAGCCCAAGAUUUCCCUUACCCUACCCUGGACAGAUGGAUUGCUUAUGGGCCAUCAAAGGACCUCUCCACAGUCGAGUCAAACUGACUUUUAUGACCCCACUCUAUUUCGACUUUAACUGUAAAGAUUAUAUCGAAGUCACUGAUGCAGCAACGAAAAGAACCCAGACAUUUMUGAAGAAAUUAUGCAUUACUUCAAAUGUGCCUCGACCUGUCAUUUCCGGUGGAAGAAAUCUUUUUGUUAGAUUUGUGUCUGAUAAAUACCAGCAACUUAGCAGAAAGGAAACAGGGUUUAUGGUCAAGUAUGAAGUUCUACAUGAAUCGUCGUUAAAAAAAGUUUCAGGAAUUACGAGCCUCGCGGCCAAUAUUUCCGUACUUUCUAUAUCUGUCCUAGUGUUCCUCUUAUGGCUGGACAUUUGCCAACUAAUAAUAUAAAAGACAUCAUCGACUUCAUAUCACU